CGCACACACUUCCGUCCUCAAUUUAUGUAAGCAAAUGCCCGCAAAAGUGUAGCCUGGCUAUUGCAGUUUGGCUAACUAGCUAGCUAGCUAUAUAACUUAUUGAUUGCAUUUCUAGCUAGAUCCAUCAUUUAACUUUUCUUGAAUUAAACAACAUCUCUCUAGAAAAAUGAUCCCAGAGCUGUCCAGCGCCUCAGUGUGUAUGAGGGACCCUCAGAGGGUGGAGGAGAUCAUUAAGACCAUGCAGGAGGAUGGCACCAGCACUAUUCAGGUGAUUUCAGACUUUGACAUGACCCUCACACGGUUUGCCUACAAUGGGAAGCGGUGUCCUACCAGUCACAAUAUCCUGGACAACAGCAAGCUCAUCAGUGAGGAGUGCAAAGCACAGCUGAAGGACUUGCUCAACACAUAUUACCCCAUAGAGAUAGAUUCCAAACGGACAGCGGAGGAGAAGCUGCCCCUCAUGGUGGAGUGGUGGACUAAAGCCCAUACUCUUCUGGUGCAGCAGCGCAUCAGGAAAGACCUGCUUCAGGAUGUGGUGAAGGAGUCUGAUGCUAUGCUCAGGGAGGGCUACCAGCUGUUCUUUGACCACCUGCAGGAGCACAGCAUCCCUCUGCUCAUCUUCUCUGCUGGGGUAGGAGACGUGCUGGAGGAGGUGAUCCGCCAGGCCGGGGUCUUUCACCCCAACGUCAAGGUCUUCUCCAACUACAUGGACUUUGAUGAGACUGGUGCGCUGAAGGCGUUCAAAGGGGAGCUGAUCCACAUCUAUAACAAGAGGGAGGGAGCUCUGCUGAACACAGGCCACUUCCAGGAGCUCAAGUCACGUCACAACGUCCUGCUGCUGGGAGACUCUCUAGGGGACCUGACCAUGGCUGAUGGGGUGCACAGCAUGGAGAACAUCCUCAAGAUAGGCUUCCUCAACGACAAGCUGGAGGAGAGGAAGACGUCCUACCUGAAUGCUUAUGACAUCGUGCUGGUGAAGGAUGAGACCAUGGAAGUGCCUAACGCCAUACUGCUCCAUCUCACCUGCACCAAGUGACCUGACCACGAACUUCAUCUCACUGGCCAAUCAGUAGUGAGCGUUCCAACGCUACAGGAACUAUGUCGUGCUGGUUUAGGAAGCUCUUGCUCAGGAAGUGCCAGUAGUCAGAUACCAUGAGCGAAGUCAGAAUGGUAUUGUUUUUAGUUUGUCUUUUACUAAAGCUCCAGGAUCCCAGACAGUGUUUUGGAGUCGUCCUUCCAUGCUCCUCCAGUUGAGUCCUUGUUGAACACAUACAACUUGAGAGCAACAUCCUUUAUACUCCUACUCAACAACCCUACUGUCACAUUCUCAGUUGUGUUUACAAACCAUCAAUAGUCCAACUGAAAUAGGACAGGAAAACUAGGUCACUUCCCAUCUGGUAAAUGUGUAUUGGGUUCGUGGGGAGCGACACGUUACUGGUGAUAUGUAUGCCCUGUCUACAUAUGAGGAAUGUGUGUAUGCAUGUGGAUCUAGAUGUUGUCUUCUCUGUAUAGAUGAAAGUUGAAGGCGUUACGGUUUGUUUGUCAUGUGGGACCUAUCUUUGUGAUAUAAAGGGAAAGAAAACAGGAUAAAGGGCAACCUAACUUGACUUUUAUCAGUUUGAAACGUCAGUGUUUUGUGAAACUUUGUUACAUUUUAGUCAUUUAGCAGACACUCUUAUCCAGAGUGACUUACAGUUAGUGAAUACAUUAUUUUUUCAUACU